AUGGUCGAUUUGCGAACGUACCAAAAAAUGCAUCAGGGCCAGCCUAUACGACAAAGCUUCGAAUAUGCAAGAGACGAGAAAGUAAGUCAGGAGGAGAUGGAUGCCGAAGAUCCGCCCGAAGGCAACUUCAUAUUCCUUCUGCCGCAGACAGUCAGCGGUUUCAAUAUGCAGGCGAAGCAAUGGGGUGAGUAAAGUGUUUCGGGAUGGUCUUGGUGUCCAUGGCUUACGGAUACUCUAGUUGAGCUUCAGGUAGGUCGUAUAUCUGAUGUGAAGUGGAACAAAGCCGCCUUCGAAUCUUUGGUAGUAGACCCUCCUGUCAAGAAGCUCAUCACAGCUUUGGUUACUAACCAGCUGGCUAAUGAGAGGGCGACUGAUUUGAUGGAGGGAAAGGGGACAGGUACUGCUGCUAUUUUCCUUUUGGGUUCACUCCUGCUAACAGAUAUCACUAAGGUGUGAUUAUUUUACUUCAUGGGUACGUCGGAGUCCUUCCUUUGCUUCUAACGAACUAAGCAACUAACAGCCAUUUCAUAGUGGACCCGGGUAAAUUCUUCCGCGCCUUUUCAACGUUCCUAAAAUUAACGUAUAUACAUAGAACCGGUAAAACCCUUACAGCUGAAAGGUAUGCUGAAAAACACGUCAUACCCAAAAGCAUCUUGCUUACAAGUAUUCGUAGUGUAGCUGAAUUCGCCGAGAAACCGCUCUAUCGCGUCACCUGUGGAGAUAUUGGUACGAAUGCCGAGCAAGUGGAAGAAUACUUGUUGUUAGGUGAUCUACCUAACGAGUUACCAUUCACUUACGAGUCAUUCUCUCUUAAGUCAUAG